CCAAUAUUGUCUGAUAAUUUAAGCACGGACUUAUCUUUCAAUACGCCAAACCAAGAGGCUUAUGAUUCUUCUGAGGGUUUUAGUGAAACAAAUGAACAGAACAAAAAUUCAAAUGAGGAAAGUGCGCGUGAUUUGAAAGAUGUUUUGAUGCAACAUCAAAGUUUCAGCAGUGAGAAUGGGAAUAAGACGAUAAAUCCUGAUGUAGUGUUACCUUGCAGACCCAAACGUAAUAUUAAGAAGCCUGCUUACUUUUCCGAUUAUGUUAAUUAGACAAUCUAGUUCUUUAGUGCACCUAAGACGUUCCAAAAAAGAUCCAGGCAUUUAUCACCAGAAAAAGAUCCUCCAAGAAGAUCUGGAAAAUCAAGACUUCGAAGAAACUGAAUCUGAUUUUAUGAAUGUGCACAAAUCGCACAAGGAUCAUUUAAUCGAAGUGGACGCUUGGAAAGAAAAAGAAAAAUAUUUAGUUGUGAGACAAAAGUAUUUCAAAGAGAAAUAUCCAAACUUUUUGACUUGGCACGAUAAAGAACAAAUCAGGCAUCUUUACAAUACUAAUUCAGAAGAGUGGAGCGUCGAGAAGCUUUCAGAAGGAUUCCCUGCACUACCUGAUGUUAUACAAAGAAUUAUAAAAGCUAAAUGGACAAAAAAGAAUUCUAACAACGUAUACAGGCAUGAUUUAUCUGUAACAAAAAACUGGAAUGAAUUUAAACAAGGCAAACUUAAUAAUUUACCUCAAGAAUUAAAGCAGCAUUUACAAAAAUUCUCCAUAAGAAAUUUAAAUUUUCAACAGCUUAGUAUAAAUACAAAUAAUGAAUUAGUAGCAGUGCAAUGGAAACCACAAAUAAAAGGAGAAUUUUCAGAAAUACUUUCCAGUUAUCAAAAACCAAAAGAGCAUAAAACUGAAUCCAUUGAAGAACCAAGUAAAUUUAAAAUACGUGAAUCUAAAGAGCAAUUAGUUACUUUUAAAGAGCUACAAAACAAAGUCAAACAAAAAAUGUCUAAAGGAGAACAAGUUACAAUACAAGAAGAACUGUUAAAAGAAGCCAAAAUGUCUAUAAAUCAACCAAUAGAAUUACAGCAGGAAGAUGUAAAUAUAAUCAAACCUAAAACUAAUGAAGUAGGUUUUGUGAGAAAAACAACCAAAGAUGUAUCACAUUUAGUUUAUCCUCAACAAAUUACAAUACCAAGAGACAUUUACAAAAAAGGCUACACUUAUAAGUUAAAUGAUUGUUAUUACGACAGCGAUGGCGAAUUUCUUUAUAGGGUACCUGGAAUGAGCUAAGACAACAUCCUUAUCAACUCCCAAUAUUUAUUAACUUCAUAAUUUUCCCAAUGUUUUUCAUUUAAAUUUGUUGCAAAGAUCCUAAAAACAAAUAAAAUCAAUCUCAAAUAUAUAUGUCAAUGAAACUUACUCUAAAACUUGUUUAUAUACUCUUUGCUCAUCAGCAUUUAGUCCAUGGUGUAAAACUUCCAAACUGUAAUCGACAAUUUUAAGGGAGUCUAUGCCAAUUAAGGUGGUAUCGGGGCCUUGUUGUUGCAAGCUAUGCCACAAUGCCAAUUUGCCCAAUUCAAUGUCGUU